GAUGACCUAAUGUAUCAACAACUGUUCACUCAGGUUCAGUCAUCAAACAACCAUCAUCACCAAAUACAGUUCAGAAAUAGUCUCCAGUAAUGUAUUUAUUCUGAAAAAUCUUUACAGUUAGUGCGAUAGUGUUCUACUUUGUUAUACAUGUAGUAUACGUCAUGGCGUGCAAGGAACUUAAGUUUGAGGUGCUCAACGAAUUACGUGACAUUUUGGUACGAGAUUUGCAGCCAGAUAGACAUUUUGCGUUUCUGAGAUCUAAACGAGUUCUUGACGAGGAUGAUUGCGAGGAAAUCAACGCCAACACAACACGACGAAAGAAGGCUGAACAAUUCCUUGACAUACUUAGCAUGAAAGGAGAAAGUGCCUUUGAUUUUUUUUGUGAAUCCUUUAUCAAAAAUGGAAAAACUCAACUUCACCUACUUAACCAAAUAUUGGAUGCAUAUGAAGAAAAAACAAAUGAAAGUGAAGAGUACCAACCAUCAAGGCCAAUACAGGACUACAUAAACAUGGAAACCCUAAAUGAUCGUUUGCCACGACCUGGAGAUGCAGGAGCACCUUGCUUGCCAUCUUACCCAAAUCCAUACAUGCAGACAUUUCACACAAAUGGCUCAACUUUGAUGGUCGAAGGUGUAGUUCAUAUGGACGACCCUCCACCUUACUCUACAUGAUGUUCUCAAAACUGUUGUAUUUUUUAAGCCUAAACCUAGAAGUAUUCAUUGAAUAUCUUCUAGUAAACUGCUGAGCAUUAAAAUACUCACCCAGCUAAUUCAUAGUGACAUGCAACUUAAAUUAUUAGUGUAACAUGAUGUACCAAUAGCGUUGGUUUCUUGUGAAUGUAUCAACUUGUAAAUGCAUGAGAAUUUAAAUUUAGUAUUUGUUGAAACUAGGUAAUGAAUGAUAGUAAGAGAACAAGAACACAACCAGAACAUCAACACUUUUCAA